AAAAAAAAAAAAAAAAAAAGCCUUGGUUCUUCCUGGGAGCUGCGCCGAAGGAGCAAGAAGGGAGAAGGAAGGAACAAGGGACUGCUCCCAGCUUUGGAAAUGGAUGAUCAGCCCAGGUUGAUGCAUUCCCAUGCUGGGGUGGGAAUGGCUGGACACCCCGGCCUGUCCCAACAUAUGCAGGAUGGAGCAGGAGGGACAGAGGGGGAGGGGGGCAGAAAACAAGACAUUGGAGACAUUUUACAGCAGAUCAUGACCAUCACAGACCAGAGUUUGGAUGAGGCGCAGGCCAGGAAACAUGCUUUAAACUGCCACAGGAUGAAGCCGGCCCUUUUUAACGUCUUGUGUGAAAUCAAAGAAAAAACAGUCCUGAGUAUUCGGGGAGCCCAGGAAGAGGAGCCCACGGACCCCCAGCUGAUGCGGUUGGACAACAUGCUGUUGGCGGAGGGGGUAGCAGGACCUGAGAAAGGAGGGGGCUCAGCAGCAGCAGCCGCUGCUGCAGCAGCAUCCGGAGGGGCUGGUUCAGACAACUCCGUGGAGCAUUCUGACUACAGAGCUAAGCUUUCACAGAUCCGACAGAUCUACCACACGGAGCUGGAGAAAUACGAGCAGUGUUUCUUGCCCUCCCAGGCCUGCAACGAAUUCACCACCCACGUGAUGAACCUGCUGCGUGAACAGAGUCGGACCCGGCCCAUCUCACCGAAGGAGAUCGAACGGAUGGUCAGUAUCAUCCACCGCAAGUUCAGCUCCAUCCAGAUGCAGCUUAAGCAAAGCACGUGCGAAGCCGUUAUGAUCCUACGCUCACGAUUUCUGGACGCGCGGCGGAAGAGAAGAAACUUCAACAAGCAGGCUACGGAAAUCCUGAAUGAGUAUUUCUAUUCCCAUCUCAGCAACCCUUACCCCAGUGAGGAAGCCAAAGAGGAGCUAGCCAAGAAAUGUGGCAUCACAGUCUCACAGGUAUCAAACUGGUUUGGAAAUAAGCGAAUCCGGUACAAGAAGAACAUAGGUAAAUUUCAAGAGGAAGCCAAUAUUUAUGCUGCCAAAACGGCUGUCACUGCUACAAAUGUGUCAGCCCAUGGAAGCCAAGCUAACUCACCCUCAACUCCCAAUUCAGCUGGUUCUUCCAGUUCUUUUAACAUGUCAAACUCUGGAGAUUUGUUCAUGAGCGUGCAGUCACUCAAUGGGGAUUCUUACCAAGGGGCCCAGGUUGGAGCCAACGUGCAGUCACAGGUGGAUACCCUUCGCCAUGUUAUCAGCCAGACAGGAGGAUACAGUGACGGGCUCGCAGCAAGUCAGAUGUAUAGUCCGCAGGGCAUCAGUGCUAAUGGAGGUUGGCAAGAUGCUACUACCCCCUCAUCAGUGACCUCCCCCACAGAAGGCCCUGGCAGCGUUCACUCUGAUACCUCCAACUGAUCUCCCAGCAAAUUGCAUCCCUGGCUGACCCCAGUCCCCUUCAGGGGCAGGGGUGGGAGGGGAGGGGUUCUCUCCUAAUGCUGAAGCAGUCAGACUGGAGGUGGAACCAAUCAGCAAACACAAUAAGAGUCUCCUUCUCUUCUCUUCGUCGGGAUGCUUUUUCAGCCAAUCUGGACACUUCUUUAUACUCUCUUCCCUUUAUUUUCUGGGUAGAAGCCACCCCUCCCCUGCCACCACCACCAUCCCCUUCCCAAAUCCUCCCACUGAAGGAUAUUUUCAACAGGUAGAAGAAUUUAAAGAGGAAAAAAAAUAACAAAACAACAACAACAACAAAAAGUAUUUGUACAUUUUCACUGGUUUUCCGAGGAGCCAAAAUUUACCUCACUCUUUUACUAAAAGGCAACCACCUCCUUCAGUUUCUCUUGUGCUCACACCUACCUCUUAGCAGGAGUAUGCCACACAUCAGCCCUUCCUUCUGAUGCUUCUUCGCCACUCUUCUGUUUCUGGAAAUAGUUAGCAGAAUGCUUUCCUGUUCCAGAGCCAUCCCGAAACCUCGGUGAGUUGCCUCCAAGGGCAUUUCCACUUACAGGGUGGAUAAAUGUUUUCCCAGUGCCGCAGGGCAUGUAGGAAAAGGGAGCGAAAGUCUUGUGCUUGAUAUUCUGCUCACUUUCAAAAGGUACCACGAGGUUGUCUUUACAAACAGAUUUAAAUAUAAAAUCCCAUCGCUUGCCUCUGCCAGUGUGCUUUGAAUCAGACCCCAAACAUACGAGGCAUCCAACUCGGCAAGUUGGCAUGCCAUUCAUGUGGCUUUAUAACAAAAAUAACCUUACCUGCCAACAUCCUUGGCAUCAUGGCACUGCUAAGAAGGGAAAAGCAGAAAGAGGUGGCUGAGAGAUUAUGGGCACCUAUAGUGAAAACAUUUAGCACUUACAUAAUGUGUUACAUGAUCAAAGUGCUGUCCAAAUUUUAACUCAAAAUUGAUGGGGAUCCAGCAGGUGUGCACAGCACUUAUCAUGUCUGUCAGGGAUUCUUCUUAGUUUUGAGAGUGAUACCCUGAGUUUAAACAACAAUGGGAGAGAUUGGGUCUUAUCUUGGACAGAAGGAAAGGACCCGGCCACCUGCGAUGGGGUUAAGUGGGCAUUAAGGCAUACAUUCCACAGUUGCAAUGGGAUAUAUAUGCAGGCACAGCAUACCCCCCUACAAGGGGCUCGUUUAGCACAGUGUGAACGCUCAGGCAUCAGUAUUCUUUAUAAUUAUGUUAACAAGCAGUGAUGACUGGGAAUAGGGAGAGAAAGGCUUCUUCUUUCUGCACUUUGGCCCUGUUAUCAUGAAUGAUGUUGAGAGGAGAAGAUGACACCCCAAAGAUAGGUGUGUAUGUAGUAAAUAUAUGAAAUUAAUGGACUGGAUGCCAUUGGUAGCUUUAAACAGAAUGGAUCUAUUUUGGUCUGGAGCAAAACCCCAUAAAAUGCAUUUGGGUUUUUUUGCUUCUGGAGUUUUUUUUACAUUUAUAUGUUGAUAUCAGUGUUUUUAUCCCUUCAUCAACCUGAGAUGAGUCAUUAAAAGUAUUGUAAUAAAUCAUAGGACCUUCCACCCUAGUCAGUUGACCUCCUGGAUUUCUGUUGUGUUGCCAGAAACAACAUGACUCACAACACCGGUUGCCAUUCAGCAUUUGGGCAGCCUUCAGGAGGAGGGGCUGCAGAGAGGAGCAGACAGGCUUCCUCCCUGGCAGAAAGGAGGCAGGCUCUGCUACCUGUGUACAAGUACAACAGAGAGGUGUAAAAGCAACACUUAGGUGAAAGAGGUAGGAGAGCAGUUUAGGUAAGUUCUCCAAGUAAGGAGGCAGACAGGCGACUGAUGGGUAUCACUGAGAGUGCUGCUUGUGUGAUGGGGUCAGCUGCAUGAUUCCUCUCACUUUUAAAGGGAAAACAGCUGUGAAAAUAAGCCCCAUGUGGGUUUGCUCUACUGGCUCUCGGGAACAGCUCACAAACUUAAGCAAGUGCAUGAGUGUUUGCAGGAUUAGUCAAGGCCUAAGCCUUAAGAAGCUCAAAGAAUAUGUGCGCGCGCAUGUGUUAUGCAUAUGGAUCACAUGGGACAAAGUGUAGAACCAUUCAGUUGGAUCUGUAACCUACCUCUGCUGGUAGUUUUGUCUACCGUUUAACUAUUAGAAUAAGAUUAGUACUGAACAGCUUUAAGUUUCCACCACUGAAAAUAAAGCAUCUUUCAGAAAAAAAUUAAAAUUGGCCCUGAAAAAAAACACAAAGUGGCUGGAGGCCUAGGCUUACCGAAGUGGCAAGUCCAUGGCUUUGAUGGACUAUGGCUGUGCAGAGUUGCAAUCAGGAACACUCUUCUCUUGAACUGGGUGCAGUGGGGGGGUCUUGACUUUCCAGUGGGACGUGCAAUACUUUCUAGCAGCACUAGCACUGGAAGAUUCUGUGGCCUCCACUUUCUGAGGUCUCCACUUGGCAAAUUGAGAGCUUUUUUUAAAUUAAAGGGUUAGUUUAGAUGGAUUAUGAACCUCUAGAUUAUAAAGUCUAUAGCUUUCUAAAAUAUUGGUGGCUACAUUCCCCUGCCAAAUCCAAAAUAUGAGUGAUUUUGGUUUCUUUGCAUUUUCUUAGCCAGUCUGCCAGCUCUGAUGCUAUGACACUUAGAUCUGUAGAGGGAGAGGGAUAUUAAAAAUGGUCCCAAUUAAGAACCCUCAUGUGAACUUUUUUAUUCACAGUAGAGAGAAGUUAGUCCCAAAAGAAGUCUGGUUGCUUGCAGUUGGCUUAUACAUGCCAGUGACUAAUUACCAGAAGUAGUAAAAGUGCUCACCAGCUAACCCUAAAUAUACCAAACUUGUCUAGAACAUUCCAGAUGUAAAGUUUUGGUAACCCCGCCUUGCUACACACAAUACAGAGUAGGGCAGUGCAUGGUACAGGUUUCUUAGCAGCUGCUUGGGGGGUGACCUGAAUAUAACACAUGACUUUGGUUGGUACAAGUAAUAUGUCUUUCUGUACUGAAGAUGAUAAAAUAUUUAGAGCAGACCACCCAAUCAUACAUUGUAUUGGCCUCGGCACUAGAUGAUUCACAUCCACAUAUACACAUUACAUGUAUGUGUGCACAUGUGCAUGUGCACACACAUACCAGUGUUUGCAAGACUGGGUGAGGGUAGAGUAGGAAAAUGGAAUAAAGCCCCCUUCUGAAUGUGAAAUGACAGUCUGAUCCUUGGGCCAUAGCUGAUGCUUUGUGUUCAUCUGAGAUGAAGCUGAAGUAGGAACAUGAAAAUGCUAGGAGGGAAGAGGAUUUUUACUUCCCAAGGGGACCAUCAUCUAAUGCCACCCCUUUUACCUACAGUACUCUUUUUUUUCUGCCUUCUCCCCACGCUUCAAACUGCACUUCCCCCAAUAACCAGUGCCUCGUCCAUUAUGGCAUCCUGACUCUUCAUUAGCUAUAUAUAGGCUACAUCUUGGUCUAUGGCCUUAAAGCACUCAAACCACAUGAGUAGUCCUUUGGAAGGCAAUGAUUCCUGUUGUCAUAAAAAGGAGUACUGAAGUGCUUAAAGUUAAGCAGGUGCUUAAGUAUUUCUCUGGAUCAGAGUUUGUGAUCCCAAUCCUGAAACUGGCCACACAGAGGUGGACCUCAGUGCCUGCAUGGAGCCCCACUGAUGUCAAGAGUCUUCCCUGUAGACACUCCCUACACCCCCUAGAACCAGUUGUAUUGGGGGCGGGAGUCGCGAAGUUUAUCUGACAAGUAGGUGCAAUGGUGUGCAAUGGUACCUCUUGAAAAUGAAUAACGUGAUGUGAGAUUAAAGCUACACAAAGCAGCAGGCACUAGUAUCACUCCCUGUUUCACCUGAGAACUGAGCUGGAUGCCACCUCCAUAGCAGCAGAGACCAGUUCUUGGAGCACCUAGAUGGAGCUGCAUUUAUCCACCCUGCAAUUACUUACCUAUCUCUUGCUGUCUUCCUCCCCCAUUCUCCACGGCAUGGUAUUGACUCCUUUAUGGUACUUAAUAAGUCUCAUUUUUGGUUUCCUGUUUUGUUCCCUUUACAUCUUUUGUUGUUGUUGCUGACUGGUUGGUUGCCUUUUUUCACAGACUUCGCGUUUUUUUUUAGUUUUUCUUUUUUCUGCCCAGAAAAACCUGACUUCGAUACCAAAAAAACAUAACAAAACAAAAUGAAAAAAACAACAAAAAAACAAACAAAAAACUGCAGAAACUCAAAAAAAAUAAAAAUUAAAAAAAGAACAAAAAAACUCAACGAUUCUUUCAGCUUUAUUAACAUUUUCCAUUGUUUCUUGCGAUUUGUGUCUCGUUCUUUGUAGUAUUGAUGAUAACGAACAUUUGAUAAUGAAUGUUCUUGUAUAUUCAGAUAAAGGAAAAAAAAACCAAAAAAGCAGUCUGAAUUUAAUAGUGUUUAUAAUAAAAAAAAAAUAAAAAAGACCCUCAUAGCACGCAAAAUUGAACAGGGAGGAAUUUCCUUUCUUGUUCUUUCUGUGGCAAAAAGCGCUUCAUUCCUGUAUAGUUUAUAACACCAAACUACCUACAUUCAUCACCUUUUUUUCUUUUUUCCCAUUUUUUUAAUUUUCUUGCAUUUGUGAAUUAGUUCAAGAAUGCUAGAAAAGUGUAGUUGUGCACACUCAUUUCCUCUUACACAAUGUUUAAAAAGUGACAGUAAUUCAUUUUGUAAAACUUUAAAAAAAUGGUUGGAAUAGUGAGCAUAAUAGGUACAUUCUAACACUUUAUGUUUAUUAACGUUGAGACCCAGAAAUUACUCCUUUGUUCGGCGUUUCCUUUUUUUUUCGGGGGCUUUUAUGAUAAUGAUGAUGAUUAUUUUUUAAAUUGUCCAAGACAAUGGCCUUGCAACUUCCCGUUCCUCCACUUUUAGUAUGUAUUCAGACGUGAUGUGAAAAGUUGAAUUUGCAAAAAUCACUUUUUCAUUUAUUUUUGUUUUAUUUGUGGGACUGAUUCUGCUUUUAAGCCAACAAACUAUCCCCUAGGAAAUUGGAAGGCUGCUCUUCUUACCCUCAGGUUCUAAAUGCUGUGGCCUGAUGGACCACCUCAGAAAAGGGACAAACACAUGCAUGAUCAAGGCCCAGCUGUAGCCUCAAUUCAGCAAAGCCACCCCUAUUCAGCAGAGCUAAAUGCAUGCUUGUGGCCUGCUGAAGUCGAUUCAGAAUCUAGCUAAAGUUCAGCCUGUGCUAAAGUCUCCAUGGGAGUUGGGUACCUAACUUCCUUAGCUUCACUGAAAAAAAAUCCAAAGCUAAAUGCUUUGCUGAAUAGGGACAGACUUAAAUACAUGUUUGAGUUCCUUCCUGAAUCAGGGCUUAUCUGAAAUUCAUAUAGGCCAUGAAAACUCUUUCUAUUACUGGCGGUAAAUUCCUCCCUUGAGUUUUGAGCAUCAUUAAAUGUUAAAGAUUUCUUUUCAUCCUCAUGAUUGAGCCCAGUGUCUCUCCAAACCAGUAUUUUCAUAGACACUCCUCACCUUUUCUCUCGUUGAGGCCAAUGAAAGACUUCAGUGACUGCAGCAAUUUCUGGAUACAGAACUAAGACGAUUAGUCCAAAAUUCUGAGGUUAAUAAAGGACUGUUAUCAUACAAUAUUGCAGUAUCUCAGAUCAGUGGAUCUUCCCAUUCUGAUCACUUAGUACAGAUGUGCUGCUUCUGCUGUUCCUUAUUUUUUGUUUAGUAUUAAGUAGCUGUCACUUGAUCUACAUUUAAUUACGACUUCAACCAAAACCUGUUGAAGUCAAUGGAAAUACUCUUUCACACAAUGUAUAAUUAAAUUAUCCAUUGCUGUAAGUUGUCGGUGAGGCCAAGAACUCAGCAAGAAGAAUUGAAUGUUCAUGUGGAUAACAAGGAUAUCCAUAUAUUCCAAGUCAUUAGGCUAAACUGGAGCAUUGGAGGGCAGCAAAAACAUCAUGUUUCUGGUCUCUAACAAUUAGGAAACAAGAUGGGACUUACAUGGGCAACCUCCAAAACUGUCUGUUGUAAGGUUUCAUAUAUCUUCUUGCACUAACCCAUCCUGCUGGAGACAGACUUCUGAAGUAGGUAGAGCAUGGAUUGAUGACAGCCCUUCUGAAAGAAUUUAUCUCCAAUAGGCACUGGACCAGGCUCUGGGGCCACACACAUUGUCAUCAACCCAUGAACUGCUCAGGAAGUCUGGAAAUAAGUAAGGGUGUCAGAAGAGCUGAUCCUAAAAACAUGUACACCCUUGUUUAGCUUUCCACCCCUAGGAAGCACCACUGAUUUCAAUAGUACUCAUUCUGUGCAUAAAUCUAAGUACAUACAAAACUGUAUCUAGACCCUGAAGCUGUGUUAGGAAGCUACUCAUAAUUGGAGCAACAAAAGAAAAUAUAACUGUAAAUACCUCUCAAAAAUAAUACAGUCAAAGGUUCCAGUUCAAGGAAAGAUAUUUUUCAAAACAUUGAUUUUGAUCACUUUGUUUCUUCUUUUCAAGACCUAAAAAUACCCAAAAAACUCUUCACAUCACUCUGCUUUAGGUUUCUUUUUUAUCUCAAAGCUUCCUGAAUUAAUUCUGUUUUCAUACACCUUUAUUAUAAUUAUUAUUAUUAAAAUAUAAAUCAGACAUUGCGGGGUUUUUCUUUCUUUUUUUUUCUUUUUUUGGUUUUCACUUGAAACCCUUUUCUUGUAAAGAUAUUCCAGUUGUUCUGAGCUACUUUUUCUUUUAUCUCUCUCCUCCCCUCUACCCCACCCCUCCCCCUCCAAUGGAUUCUGAAUAUAAAAACCUAAAAAGACUCUCUGUUCUGACCUGGUUUUGAAACUUUAAGCUUUUCUGCUUCUGUAAAGAAAAGGCCUAUGUCUUUUUGAUCCCAACUGAAACUUUUAUGUUCUAUAAUGAUACUAACAAGGUGUAGGUUUUACAGUCUCCUGAUUUGUACUGGUAAUGCAUAUUCCAAAUAAAUAGUUUCUUUUGUUGCAAAAA